CUCGGGCUCGUCCGGCGCGGAUAUGUCCCUGCUGCAGUCGGCGCUGGACUUCCUGGCGGGGCCGGGGUCCUUGGGCGGAGCCGCCAGCCGCGAUCAGACCGACUUCGUGGGUCAAACGGUGGAGCUGGGAGACCUCAAACUGCGAAUUAAGCGAGUCAUCGCCGAGGGUGGGUUUGCCUUUGUAUAUGAAGCUCAAGACCUUGGAAGCGGGAAAGACUAUGCAUUAAAGAGAUUGCUGUCCAACGAAGAAGAAAAGAACAAAGCAAUCAUUCAAGAAGUUUGUUUUAUGAAAAAACUUUCAGGCCAUCCUAACAUCGUCCAGUUUUGCUCUGCUGCAUCUAUUGGGAAAGAAGAAUCCGAUACAGGGCAGGCUGAGUUUCUUCUGCUAACAGAACUUUGCAAAGGGCAACUGGUGGAAUUCCUAAAGAAAGUGGAAUCUAAGGGUCCUCUUUCAUGCGAUACAGUUUUGAAGAUAUUUUAUCAGACAUGCAGAGCUGUGCAACACAUGCAUAAGCAGAAACCAGCAAUUAUCCAUAGAGAUCUAAAGGUUGAAAACAUGUUGAUUAGUAACCAAGGAACAAUUAAACUUUGCGACUUUGGGAGUGCUACAACUGUAUCUCAUUAUCCUGACUAUAGCUGGACUGCUCAGAAGAGAGCAAUGGUCGAAGAAGAGAUCACAAGGAACACGACCCCGAUGUAUAGGACUCCAGAAAUAAUAGACUUAUAUUCGAAUUUUCCAAUUGGCGAAAAGCAAGAUAUCUGGGCCUUGGGCUGUAUCCUGUACCUCUUGUGCUUCAGGCAGCAUCCUUUUGAAGACGGAGCAAAGCUUCGCAUUGUCAAUGGAAAAUACUCAAUCCCGCCAAAUGACACAAGAUAUACCGUUUUUCAUGAUCUCAUUCGCUCCACAUUGAAGGUGAACCCAGAUGAGAGGCUGUCAAUUACUGAACUUGUAAAUCAGCUGCAGGAGAUAGCAGCGGCAAGGAAUGUGAAUCCUAAAUCACCAAUCACAGAGCUCCUUGAACAAAAUGGAGGUUAUGGAAAUAACGCCCAACCGAGAGCUUCUGUUAGCUCAGUCUCCCAGGGUUCCAAGCCUGCGGGACAGUUAAACAACACUUACAAUUCAGGCUUGACAGUUGCAGAGUGCGACCAAACACAUAGCGGUUUCUUUGACAUACUUAGAGGAGGAACAGAACGAUUUUUGACCAACAUCAAAGAUACUUCUUCCAAGGUGAUCCAGUCUGUUGCGAACCCCAGUUAUGCCAAGGGAGAUUUGGAUAUAUCAUACAUCACCUCCAGAAUCGCCGUGAUGUCAUUUCCUGCAGAAGGUGUGGAGUCAGCUAUCAAAAAUAAUAUAGAAGAUGUGCGGUUAUUUUUAGAUUCUAAACACCCAGGGCAUUAUGCUGUUUACAACCUAUCCCCAAGAACAUACAGGCCUUCACGAUUUCAUAGUAGAGUUUCCGACUGUGGGUGGCCAGCAAGACGGGCACCAAAUCUUCAAAGCCUUUACAGCAUUUGCAAAAAUAUGCAUUUGUGGCUAAAGCAAGAUCACAGAAAUGUUUGCAUUGUGCAUUGCCUUGAUGGUAGAGCAGCAUCUGCAGUUGUUGUUUGCUCCUUUUUGUGUUUCUGUCGUCUCUUCACCACUGCCGAGGCUGCAGUUUAUAUGUUCAGUAUGAAACGCUGUCCACCUGGGAUCUGGCCAUCUCAUAAAAGGUAUAUAGAAUACAUGUGCGACAUGAUGGCAGAAGAGCCAAUUAUCCCACACAGCAAACCAAUACUCAUAAAAUCAGUUAUAAUGACACCAGUUCCCCUCUUCAGCAAGCAACGAAAUGGUUGUAGACCCUUCUGUGAAGUCUAUGUGGGAGAUGAAAGAGUGACCACUACAUCUCAGGAAUAUGAUAAAAUGAAAGAUUUUAAAAUUGAAGAUGGCAAAGCCAUAAUUCCACUGGGGAUUACUGUCCAAGGAGAUGUCCUCAUUGUAAUUUAUCAUGCAAGAUCAACACUAGGAGGAAGACUACAAGCGAAGAUGGCUUCAAUGAAGAUGUUCCAGAUUCAGUUUCACACAGGAUUUGUGCCUCGAAAUGCCACUACUGUGAAAUUUGCCAAGUAUGAUCUGGAUGCGUGUGAUAUUCAAGAGAAGUAUCCCGACUUAUUUCAAGUGAAUCUGGAAGUGGAAGUGGAACCUAGAGACAGACCCAGCACUGAGCCUGCCCCAUGGGAUAACUUGAACAUGAAAGGCCUCAAUCCUAAAAUUUUGUUCUCCAGCCGAGAGGAGCAACAAGAAAUCCUGUCUAAAUUUGGCAAACCCGAGCUUCCUAGACAGCCAGGUUCCACAGCACAGUAUGAAGCAGAAGCGUCGAAGUCAGAACAAUCGCCAGAAAGUGUGCCGACUGAGUCGGAUUCUCCACAAAGCAACAGUGCUGAUGCAGAUAAUUUUUUCCAUACACUGGAUUGGCAAGAUGGAAAAGAAUCAGAAAGAGCACAGGAAGAUUUUCUCAAAGAAAAGCAUCCUGUCUUAAUUGAUGACAGGGAUGAAAGUGAACCAUCUGAUGAAGAAUUUGCCCCUUUCCCUGAUGAUAGCAGAGCAGUUGCAGUUGAAGAAGCCAAGGUCCCUUCUCCAGAAAAAGCAGAAGAUGAAGGCUUACUUUUUGAUGCAGAACCUGAAAUGUCCACCCAUCUGAAGGAAUUGCACCUGGAAACCAGCGUUGAUUUGCUGGGCCUGGACUCUGAUGUUGGACCGGAACAAAGUCUUCAGGCUGAAGAGAUUAAAACCUCAUCUAGCAAUGCAGAUUUACUAAAUAACCUCUUUGUUCCCAGAGUUUCCCAGAUUUCAGAAGAUUCUACAGGAGAUCUCCUUGGGGAAGGGGCAAAUUUCUUUUUCACCAGUCCUCCUCUGUCGGUCAAUGUGCAAAAUACCUCACCCAAUGGUGCAUCAUCUUCCACAGCUGAUCCAUUUGACCCAUUCACGAUGUCAUCCAGCUCUGAGAAUCAGAUUCAUUCUGACCCUGAUCUCUUUGGAGAUUUUCUUAAUCCAAAUUCUACAGCACCAAUACCCAAGGUAUCUUGUACACAUUCUGCACCACCACCUUCUUCCAGCUCAGACUUCUUAAAUUUAGGAAAUUUGUCGGUAGAGUCUACGAAAAUUCCCACUUCUGCAAGCCACCCUGACCUCUUGGGAGGAUGGGAUGCCUGGACAGAUUCCUCCAGUGUUAACAAUAAGGCAGUACCACAGCCUACCAAACCUGCAUGUGAAGGUUCACCUUUCUCCUCAGGAAGUCAGCAGCCAAGUGUGUCUUCAAGCUCAUCGCUCAGUCAGACCAAAUCUCAUGACUUUGACCCCUUUGCCGACCUUGCCACCAUCAGUUCAGGUCUUCAAGGCUCUUCUAGUGGAUUUUCACCUGGUGGAUUUGCUCAGAAAACCACUCAGAAAGGAGGCGGACAGUGGCAUUCCGGCAGGCCAUCUGCUUCCAGCACAUCGUGGCAGCCCCCAAGCAAAUCCCACCAAGCUAAACCCUCCACGCCCUCUAAACAUAAUUAUUCCAUGAACUUCAGUGUUAUUGGAGGGCGAGAAGAGAGGGGUAUCAGAGCUCCCGGUUUUGGACAAAAGCCAAAAGUUUCAGAAAAUGAUUUUGAGGAUCUGUUAUCUAAUCAAGGCUUUUCAGCUAAAUCUGACAAAAAAGGACCGAAAACCAUCGCAGAAAUGAGGAAACAAGAAAUGUCAAAAGAUAUGGAUCCCCUCAAGCUGAAGCUUUUAGAUUGGAUUGAAGGAAAAGAAAGAAAUAUAAGAGCGUUAAUUUCUACUCUUCACCUGGUGCUUUGGGAGGGGGAGAGUAGAUGGAAGCCAGUUGGCAUGGCCGACUUAGUUACUCCCGAUCAAGUGAAGAAAUACUAUAGAAAGGCCGUGCUGGUAGUUCAUCCGGAUAAGGCCACAGGGCAGCCUUAUGAACAGUAUGCCAAAAUGAUCUUCAUGGAAUUAAAUGAUGCAUGGUCAGAAUUUGAAAACCAGGGAUCCAAAGCUCUCUUUUGAGACCUCACUUUUUAUGUUGUUCAAAAUGAAUUUGCAGCACAAUGGAGUUUCGAGUGUUUUUUUUUUGUUGCCUGAACUUAACUGAACACUUAAAACACUUAGAGUGUAGGGAAGAUGGUCAUAUGCGUUUAUCAUGAAGUUUAAGGGUAUAGCCUUAUAGAUUAGAGGUGUAUUGUAGGAUCUAAAAUGCCACACAAUACAGAGAUGCAUUUAGUAUACAGCCAUUAGACAUUUCAAAAUCUAGUCUAAAUUUUUUGGAAAACAAGUCCCAAGUUAAAAAGCAUAUAUAUGAUUUUCUUUUCUUUCUUUUUGAUGUAAUGGUCUAAGAAGAGUAAGCCAUUCCAAAGCAGCUGAUUUUAGUUGUCAAUGCAUAAAAGGAGCACAAUUCUAUUUUGCAUUUCACUUAUUUUCCAUGGUUUUGAUUUUGACAUUUAGUGCCCAUCAACUCAUUCAAAAUGAUUUAGAGCCUUAUAAACAAGCAAAUUGGUUGAGCAUAUCAUACGUUCUUGAAUCUAUAAAGGAUGUAAAUUUGCAUCUAUUCUGUCUAAUAGGCUGAUAAGUACUGUAUAUAAUUAAAAUAUUUUAUGAUGACAACCUGUAUUCCUUAUCAUAAAUUGACAGUUGCUUCCAGUUACUGGAAACAGUGAGCUAGGGUUGUUGUCAAAUUACAUAUCUUAACCUUUGGGGUGGGGAGAAUUGCACAUCAUACGGACAAACACGUAUGUGCUUUUUUUUUUUAAUAGAGGCUAUUGCAUGUUAAAAUCUUUUGUGUUAUUUAUUGUAAACUUUUAGACCAUAAAUUCAUUGCUAAUGGUCGUUUUUCUAGCCCAAUGGAUUGUAACUUGCUUGUGAGUUUUUUCAGUGGAAUAAUAUGCCUUCAAUUGGAGCUAUGAAUGCAUUAGUGGAAGAGGAAGAAGAGGUUGUCAUUGAUUCCUGAAACUGACCUUGAAAUGUGAACACAGUAUAACUUACUGUAGUUUGAUUUCUAUUUUUUCAAUGAGUAAAUUUUUUCAUCACUAGUUAUUUACCACUUUGUAUAAUUUCCUGAGUGGUUUUUUGUUUUGUUUUGUCUCCUAAUUGUGGAAUCAUGGAUUUUAUAAUGAUAAAUGCAGCCUACUCAUUAUACAGACCAAUCCAUAUCAGUGUCAGAAUGUGGAAUAGCAAUAAUUCAUGACUCGCCAGACAAUCUUUGUGUUCAGGAAUUUAUACCUUUGGAGUUUUAGGGAGGACUACUAGAUCCCAGACUAGUACGAGAACCAGUGAUGUGCUGAAAUGUGGUUAGAAGCCUUUAAAAUACAAAUUUAAAAUGAUGUGAACCUACUGAAUGUCGGGUACAAAUUAAGUCAUUAAAUUGGAGGGUUUUACAUCACAGAUUUUUCUUGAUUCUGCAAAAGGCUGUCAGUCAAAUAGAGACUCAGUACUUGGAGCUAUACAGGUUUAUUGGCUGCCUUUAUAAAAGAGCUAUAACUCAAAAAGGGAGCAAGGAUGUAACUUUUUUGAGGUGAACUGUUUUUGUUUUUUGUGAGUUUUUUCAUCUGAGCACAUACUUGAAUUCCAAUCCCAGCCUAAGAGGUUGCCCUCUGGGCCUGCCUUUCCAGUGAUGUAGGAGCUGCAACAGUGCAGUGUUUCAGUGAGUAACUUCUGACUAAAACAUUAAAGGCUAGCAAAAAAGGAAAAGCUAAUCCAGUUCUGGUAGUUGCACGGGAUAGUUUUGGAGCUGGAGCAGGGAAAGGCCAAAAGUGAAGCUCUUCUCGUGCUUCAAGUCUCUUAGGGAAAUGUUCUUGGUAUAUUUUUUUUCCCCACGUUAUUUCCAGAUGCAGCGUUCUGAUUUUUAAAAUCUGACUUGGAGGCUCAGGGGAGUCUGAGCAAUUGACCUUUUAUUGCAGUCCGUCCUUGUACUAAUCUGAUUCAGCUUCAUAGUGAGCUCUCUUCCAGAAUAUGUAGAGCAGAACGUAGGUCACCUGGAAAGAUCAGUGAGAUCUUUAGUCAAUAAUGACUAAAAGUGAAGAUUCUAGUAAUAGUAUAAUGAACAGCGUCCCACCCAUGCUUUCUGUUCUCUAGGUAUAGUUACUGUUAAUGUAUUCUUAAAGGUGGGUUUGUCCUGAGGAAUGAAACAACCACUGCAAAUAGGCACUGGCCUCCUGUCCAGAGUGCCUAAACACAUACUUGCGAGCUUGGUCCAACAGGCUGAAGGUUUAUGAGAUCCCUGAGGAUCUGGGUGUUGGUUGAAACCCUACAGAAAAGUCCAGAGCUGCUUUUUUUUUUUUGCCACUCUGGAUAUUGUGACCAGCCCUUCCUGUAGGCCCAGGGCACAUGCUGUAAUGACAGUCUUCUCAACUGUUUGAUAGGAAUCUGCCCCCAAAUAAACCAUUCCACUUUGACUACAGCCUUGGUGUUUGCGGAACAGGAUUCUACAGUUUUUUGGGGUGAAUUGGGCAAACAGCUAUGAAAUGUCCCUCCCCAUGGGUGUCAGUGGUCGUUUCAGUUCUCUCACAAAUGGCCCUGGUCCAAGUUGUUCUUUAAGACUCUCCUCUAAGUAUUUCUUCCUCCAUCCACCUUCCAAGAAGUUGGAGUAGGAUCAUGGCUAGGAAGUGCGUUGGGGUAUGGGUAGAGGGGAAAUAGACUAAAUUGUUAUUCGAUAGGAAUUGUUCUUCAGGAAUUAUUUAUUAAAAAUGUUGCCAAAUAGACUUAUUGUUUCUCAUUCAAUCAAUUUGAUUGCUUACAAUAGUGUCUGUGGUUUAAAUGUCCAGUAUUUAGGCCCAAGAAAACAUUUAUGAAGUGUCUUUAUAAGUACACUCAGUUCUGCCAGAUGGUGGCUUUCAAAAAGAAUUCUGGCUGGACUGCGGUUAGCGAACCUUCUUCCAACAGCACAAGCCCGUUUGGGCUUGGCGUAGCACGUUAUAGAAGAACUUGCUUGUGCUGUGGCCUGUGUACGUGUGCAGCAGCAGCAGAACGAGCGAGUUGUCCAUCACCAGUUUUCACCAGAACGCCUCCUCAUCAUAGAACUAGGUCUGUUGACACAAGAAUUACAAAAUGCUAAACCUUCUCUAGAGAUAAUUGAAAACAGUAUGAGAAAACAGAUGCGAAUAAUGUUUGCCUGAGAAACUUAGCUGUUCGUGGAGAAGCGCAGUUUGAGACUUGCAGGUAUGGUGUUGGAUCCGAUUCUGUUUCAUAUUCUUAUUCGUGAGAAGCAGUCAGCCUUCACCAUAUUGAAGACGGGGAGAAAUUGUUUUGAAUCAUUAAGAAUGUCAUUGAAUACAUUUCAAAGAGAAAUUGGACUUCAGCAAGAGAUCCCUCUGGGGAACCAGAUCUUGAGGGAAGUUGGAAGAGCUCCAAUAUUUGAGUAAUUCAGCUGUAUUCUGGUCAAAACCCUGAAAAAACAGUUCAGCAGAAAAUCCUGUAAGGAGUGAAUUAGGAAAGCUGACUUCAAUCAUUUCAGCAAUGAAAGAAGCCUCCCUGCUACUGUUUGGACAUUUGCCCAACAGUCAACAACUGGGGUGGAAUCAUUGACCCGAAAACGAUCUUAUAGGAAUGGGUGGCCAUACUCUAAUAUUUGUUUCAGCUUGCCACCAUCCUUGGGCAAGUGAAUGGAGGUUGCAGAGCCAGCGAGAUGGGGAGAAUAGGAUUUCUAGUUUGACAGGUCAUCAACUCCCAAAGCAAUGUGCAGGUUUGACUUCAGAGAUCAUAACUUGGCUGCAUGGCGUAACCUACGUGCAAAAAGGCAUUGCUUCACUUUUCCAAUGAGCACCAGCAGCUAACAUAAGAUUGUGAGGUUUUACAUUUUAGGAAAGCCUACCCAUUAACGGGGGGUGGAGGUUUAAAAUUGUAAAGCCAUCGCUGGGUUUAAAAUCUGCUUUUUGAAAAGAACGUUCAAGUGAACCGAGUAACUGAUGAAAAGACUGCAGCAAUGAGUGAUGAUUUUGUUUAUACCAUUGCCUUAUAGAGAGGUGCUUUGCAGGGAGGAUCAUUUGAGGUGAGGAGUGGAACCAGUGGUGGUUGCCCACUUUCCUAGUUGGGGAGACUGAGGCACAGAGCAAUAUAAGUGACUUAGCCAAGACCCAAAAGGAACUUUACCACUGCUGUAACUGAGAUGAGGAGACACCUCUGGCAUAGUCAGGGAGCAGCAGAAGCUGUGGGAGGGCUGAUGAUUGCAGAGGCAGUGGGUUACUUGAUGGUGUUUGGAAGAGGCAGGGUAAUCAAGUCAUCUGUUAUUUGGCAGUUCUGACAGCCAGAGAAGCUGGGCCAGAAGCUGUAGAGUCUCAGAGAUGUAGGCAACAGUGGUGCCACGUUCGUGGUGCGGUUACCAUAGCCAGGGUGCGAUCCAGAUUGCAGUUAGAACAGUAACGGCUGUUAGGGUGAUGGAUUAGGUGGAAUUGUUUGCUUCUCUCCUUCCCUGCCCCCCUCCUCUCCCGCAGGAAACAUUGUGCCCAGAUGAACAGACAGGCACAUAUGUAAUUAGAUUUUUGUAUUGGUUAAAGAUUCAUUUUGUAACUUGCCUGGAAGCAUUUUGUUUUAAUCUCCUUACUUAAUGAUAUGGGGAGCGUGGGGGUCGAUGUUAUUCAAAUGUGCUUCCCUUUGCAACAGAAAAGCUGCUUUCUUUGUGGAGGCUUCAGGGGUCCCUUUAGGGCUCGGGUCUCCUUUGACUCUUCCCUCCUUAGAGUGCCUUAGUUGUUACUAAUGGUCCCAUCUUUUCAAGGCAAACUGAACAUUGUGGAUUUUGCCAUGGGGGGGGAGGGGGGAACAUUUUUGCCUCGGCAUUUUGGAACCAUUCAUGGGGUUCCUGUAUGUGGGGUCCAUGUGGCGAGCACCAUAUGAUAUGCUCUGUUCAGUUGGGUCACUUCAUCCCUAAACCAGGUGAUCUAGUUGUGAAGACAGGCUCCUCGGUGCACAAAGAUCAGUUCCUGAGAUCCCGCAGAGAUCAAGGUAUCUUGUCAGGAUUCUAGGGCUUCCGGGAGGGCAAAGCCAUGAACAAUGCAAGUCAUCCAUGAGGUUUGCUGAUGUCCCAGCUCCUGUGAUCGAUCUCGGGGCAGAGGCAGCAUGAACCACCGGGAGCGUUAGGGCAAGUAACCCAAUCGAAACCUUGGGUUGGCUUUUUGUGUGGUUCCUGGGCAUCAGUUCAUGCCAUAGAUGGAAAAAAACUUUGCAUUUGCCUCACAUAAGCAUUCGAUCUGAGCUUACUUUUGAAGUACCAAUCAAACAAAAAUCGAUUGCUCCCUUCCAAGGGCAUGCCUGGUGCCCAGCAUAAAUACCUCAGUUUUUGGAAAUGUAUUAUUUGCAUAAAAACUUGUAUUAGAAGUUUAGAAGAUGAAUGUUUAUUAUUCUUGAAUGUAUCGCAGGCUGUGUUAGCGGUGUAAUCAGUGUGUUUUUUUUUUUUCUUUUGUCAACUCCGUAUGCUACUUUCUUACUCACCAGAGCCUAAUCAAAGAUGUUUUCUGCCCUUCUGUUUCCAAUCCUUAAACUAUGGCCGACACAAAAAUGAUCAAAAUGCAGAUAGGCUGUGGACCCAUGUACAUUGUCCACCUGAAACAACUCCAGCAGUGUUUAGGGGAGCCACAUUGAUCGAUUGGCAUGAGAUGUGAUCAGAGCCGGUGUGUCAGGCAAAAGGGCUAUUGGUGUCUGACAACCAUCUCGCUUUAAGGGGAAGAAAAUGCAAAUAAGGAGAGGAGAGGAUGUUAAAAAUUCGGAGGAUACCUGAACUUAUCUCAGAUUUAUGUAUGGUUUAUGUAUUUUUUGCAUUUAAAGAUAGUUGUACGGUAAGAUUCAUUGAGGUGAGAUGAAACCAAAAUUUUAAUAGACUCCAUCAUUGCUACCCGAAAAGAAAAAGCAUAAGCAGAGUAUCUAGAUCUUGUUUCUUACUGAAUGGACUUGUGGUUCUACCCAUUGACCAAAUGAAGGUGCCUUAUUAAGGCUUUUAGGUUCUAAGCUCCCCUAAUGAGACAUCUUUUACAGGUGGUAGCAAGGAAAAUGGGCUUUUCUGUGAGUUCUGCUGAUGUUACUAGAUCUGAAGUGUAUUUUUUCUGAUUGUGAAGCCUUUGCAUUCCUUUCCCUAGACUGUUCGCCACAGAUCCUGCCAACCUGGUAUAGUGCUAGUCCUUGUAUGUUAGAAAUGGGCACUCCAGAACUAUUUAGGUAUAUGUGUUAUGAAGGAAACGUUUUGUGUGUAGGUUUUAUAAUGUUCAUACAUUCUUUUCUCCAAAAUGUGACUUAUUUAUGUUCUAUAGGAUACCAAAUCGGAUUAGUUGGAUUGUGAACACUUGAGAAAUGUUUACAUUCAGUUGAAUGUAUAUUUGCAAUUCAGACUGUAAAUGCUGAGUUCUGGCUAAUUAUGUUGAGAAAUGUUAACAUACUAAUAAUGGUUUCUCUGUAGUUUCUAUAUCUGUGAUUUUUGUUUUUUGGUUUGUUUUUUUUUCCUGGGUGAUUGCUUGAAUGGGAGACAUGUCUUAUUCUGGUCCUCAUCAGGCAUUGCUCUGUACUCACUUUGCUAUUGUCAAAAUAUAUAAAUAUUUAUGUGUAUAUAAAAAUUAAAAAUGAGAAAUGAGA